AUGCCUCGCUCGCCGUUGCCCACGAUUUCCCUCUGUCUCGCGUGUUCCUCUUCCCUGCCGCCGCGCAUGACCAAACGUGAUUUGUUCUACACCCAAUGCUGCUCCCGCCUUAUCUGCCCGAACUGCAUCUCAUCUAACCCUCGGCUCACGCGGUACAACCCAUGUCUCCGCUGUCUGGACGGUGUGAAGGCAGUCAAUGUCUCGACCUCUGCAACCUCACACUGGGAGGGCGCGCAAUCCGUGCGCGUCAACGUCGAUGGAUCAAUGCGAGACGAAGACGUCUUUAUCGUGGACGACGGCUCAGACGACGACGAGGACUACGAAUCUGACGCCGAGGAGGAGCCCGGCGGCGGACCUGGCGCGAGCACCCCCUCCCCCGAGGUCCCGCGCGCACCACUCCAACAACAUUUCGAUAGUGUGAGCCCACUAUCAAGCCGCCCAGGCUCUCUGCGCUCUGUGCAGAACCCUCCGUCGAUAUGCUCCGCGUCCGAGACGGACUCGAUCGGCGAGCUCAAGAGCGCCCCGGGUAUGCCGCCGCGAUACUUCAUCCACUCCGACGAUACCCUGCUCGGCAUCUCCCUCAAGCUUGGCAUAGACAGCCGCAUUCUCUGCCGCUUAAACGGCCUCCCGAUUACUACCCUGCGCACGACGCCGCACCUCCUGCACACCCGCGCCUUCCUCGUCCUUCCCCCGUCGGCCCCGCCCCCUCCUCCGCUCACGCCUGAACAGAAGGCGGCCGACGAGGAGCGCCGCGCGCGACUGGCGCUCGAGCGCGCGGAAACGCGCUUCCAGGCGAUGACGAAGGAGACCGACCGCUCGGUCGCGAAGGCCUACGUCGCGCUCGCCGGACUUCCCGAGGAAGACGACGCGGCGGCGAAAGAAGCCGUGCUCUUCGCGGAGAAGGACAAGGAGAACGGCCUCCGCCAGCGCCGGGUCCGCGCCGGACCUGUUCCCGGGGAACCGGGUGGGAGCAGCCUCGAGGGCCGCGCGACGGACAAUUAUUUCGACGACGGGGACUGGGAGGCGCGGGAGCGUGCAGAGGGCAGGAAGGCGGCCCUCCCGGCGUUCCCGUACUUCCAGGGCUGUGAACGCGCGGCGGGGAAGAUACCGGAGGGUGAGCCUAAGUCGUGGUGGCGCUGGUAG